AUGACACCAGAAGAGAUCGCAGCCAAAGAACGCGAGCUCGAGGAGCGCGCCCGCGCCCUUGACGCACGCGAAGCCUCCCUGACCCAGCAGCUCGCCGCUGCGCCCACCACCACUAUUCCUCCACCCGCCGCCAAUCUCAACCUCACCACCACCAUCGACGCCAUCCCUCCCACCACCACCAACAGCUCCAACCCCAACACCUACGCCACGUCCAUCAAACUCCACGUCCCGAUCACCCUCAACCUCGACGACGGAAACUACACCAAGCACCCCCUCCGACACCGGCCCGAACUCCCCUGGGGCCGCGACGACUACACCGUCCUCUCCUGGAUAUAUGGCUCCGUCUCCAUCGACCUCCUCGGCAUCGUCAUGCGCCCGGGAGCCACGGCGCGCAUCAUUUGGGACGCCAUUGAGAACCUCUUCCGCGACAACAAGAAGCAUCGCGCCAUUCAACUGGAGGCCGACUUCCGCAACACCCCCCAGGGGGAUCUCUCCAUCAGCGACUACUGCGCCAAGCUGAAGGCCCUCGCCGACUCCCUCGGCGACAUCGGCCAUCCCAUCUCCGACGAGACCCUCGUCCUCACCCUUCUUCGUGGUCUUAACGAGAAUUAUGCGCACCUCCGAUCGUUUCUUCCGUUUCAGGUGCCCUUUCCCACGUUCCUGCAGACGCGCUCCGCCCUCAUCCUCGAAGAGACGCAGAAGAAGGUGGAUGUGAAGAACACCGCCGGCACGACACUAUGGGCCUGCGGCCAGAGCGUGCAGCCCCCCACUGGUGGCCCCAGACCUCCGCCACCACCAUCAUCGUGCGGGGGCGCCAUGGGCUCCGGGGGCGCUGUCCGCGGCAAUGGCCAGAUCGCCGCCACCUUCUACCGUGGCGGUCGCGGUCGCGACGGUGGACGUGGUGGCCGUGGAUGCACCCGCAGCGACUCCCCGUGGCAGUUAAAUCCGUGGACAUGCGCCCCCACACGCACAUACCUUCAGCAGCAGCAGUCGCCCCCCUGGCAGCCUGCUACGCCGUGGGCGCCUCGGCCAUGGGCAGCACCGGCACCUAGCGUCCUCGGACCAUGA